AUGGACGACGCUCUGGCCGACAUCGCUCGCCGGAAGGAACCUAAACGCCGGAUCCAAGCGUCGAUACCCACCGUAGAUCGAGAAGAGGAAUUAUGGGUGGUCCGUUUUGAUGGAUCCGCCCGAGGGAAGCGUGGCGGGGGCGCGGUUGCGAUCGUGUGGAGUUUGCCCGGAUGGGAGGUGGUCAAAGCCAGAUCGGGCUACCUCGAGAGCCUCACCGUGAACGAAGCAGAAUAUAACGGCCUGAUCCUGGGGCUCGACAUGCUAGAGGACCUAGAUCGCAAACGCCUAGUGAUCUGCGGUGAUUCCAACUUGGUGAUCCGACAAAGAGACUGUAAUGGGAGUACCGACAGUCUAGCGAGUGCCGCGUUGCAACGGCAAGGCAGGAUCGAGGUCCAGGGAGGGCCCGAAUAUCAAGGUCUGGUCACCUUGAACCGGUUGGACCAAAUUCUAAUUCCCAGGACCGAGAACCCAGUGGUCGAUCGGAUCAGGCAGGCUCAGGAGGAGAAAGUCUGGAUCGCAGUCAUGAAGAAUUAUCUGAGUGGCACGAUCGCAGACCUCACGCAAGCAGAAGCAAGAUCGUAUACGGCAACCGACUAUGAGGUCGACUAA